UUUUAGAUGAAACGAGUUGCAAUUGUUGGCGCUGGCCCCAGUGGUUUACCAUCAACCAGGCACGCAUUAUUAUAUGGUUUUGAGCCUGUUGUUUUCGAAAUGUCAGACAAACUUGGGGGUUUGUGGAAUUUCAAACCACAAGAAAGUGAAGAAGCAUCCGUCAUGAAAUCGACUGUAAUCAAUUCAUCAAAGGAGAUGAGCGCAUACAGUGAUUUUCCACCAAAACCAGAAGCUGCAAAUUAUAUGCAUAAUCGAAAAUUGCUCGAGUAUUUCCAAGACUAUGCAGAGCAUUAUAAGCUUCAUCAAUACAUCAAAUUUAAUCACAAAGUCACCAGCGUUCGCAAGGCUGCAGAUUACCAAAAAAGUGGAAAGUGGAUUGUAGAGUACACAGAUAGCACAAAAUCUUAUCAAUCUGACAUUUUCGAUGCCGUGUUGCUUUGCACUGGGCAUCACAAAGUGCCUCAUUUUCCGGAUAAAUGGCCUGGCCAGGACAACUUCAAAGGACGAAUAUUACAUUCUCAUGACUACAAGGAACCCAUAGGUUAUGAAGAUAAACGAAUUGUUGCCGUUGGCAUAGGGAAUUCUGGCGCUGAUAUAGCUGUAGAACUGAGCCGGGUGGCUAAUCAGGUCUACCUAUCGACACGGCGAGGGGCCUGGAUCUUGAAUCGUAUGCACUCAAGAGGUAUGCCAUUGGAUACUUGCAUGUCCAGACGUUUUGUCUACUAUGUACUCUUCUCACUACCACGAUCUAUUCGAGCGUGGCAAGCUCACAGGUCGAUCAAUAGCCGUUUCGACCAUGCUGCUUACGGUUUGCAACCUAAGCACGAUGUUUUUGGAGCACAUACAACACAGAACGACGAGCUGCCUUUUCGUAUAUGUAGUGGUACUGUCGUUGUGAAACCCAAUAUCGAAAAAUUCAUAGAGCAUGAUGUCUACUUUACUGAUGGUUCUUGGGCAAAAGACAUCGAUUAUGUUGUUCUCUCGACCGGCUAUGACAUCACCUUUCCAAUCGUUGAAAAUGGAGAGCUGAUAAAAGUGAAAAACAACCAAGUUGACCUGUACAAAUAUAUGUUUCCACUCGAUCAGCCGCAUAACACAUUAGCCGUCAUUGGCUUGAUACAGCCGCUCGGUUCGAUAAUGCCAAUAGCAGAAAUGCAAGCUCGAGUUUUCUUCUCCGUCUUGUCUGGUGAAUCAAGACUGCCUAAUGCAUCCGAAAUGAGAAGAGAUGUUACAACCAAGAGGGAGAAAAUGCGAAAACAGUACGUGGACAGUUUCAGGCAUACUAUACAGGUGGACUACAUUCCUUUUAUGGAUGAACUGGCUACGAUCAUUGGCUGCCGUCCACGAUUUUUUCCCUUAAUCUUCCAAGACACACCGUUAGCGAUGGCUACAACUUUUGGACCAUGUGCUCCUUAUAUUUAUAGAAUCAACGGACCACAUCCGUGGGAAGGAGCUCGCGAUGCAAUUCUAAACCUGCCCGAACGUGUCAAAUGUGGCGCAAACCCAUCAUAUGAGAUGCAAACGCAGAGAGGCGGCGGAAUCUCAUGGACGCUUAUCAUUUUGGGAAUGCUUGUCAUGAUUUUACCGAGAUUAUUGUCGCUGUAAAACACAC